AGAAAAAAGCACUCAUAGUGACCUUAUUCGCGAAUCGAUACACGACAUUACAAAUAUAUUCUCUGGCGAGGAGAAUACCGAAACAUUAUAUGAAUCUGUAAGAAAUGUUUUGCCCAUCAAAGAAGGGUAUUACAAAAUUAUAAACGUCCAAGGAAUUGCUCGAAGAUUCAAAGCUAACAUCAAAGCCAAUCUGCAAAGCGAAGCGGAUAUAACAAAUUUCAUUCAGAAUUACGGGCAAAAGAACAAUGAAACUCUAAGGAUUACUAAAACAAGAAAAGGUUGUUCAAACCAAGAAAGUAUAUUGACGAAAUAUUUCCGAUGUCAUCAUAACACACGGUAUGAGGGCACAAAACGUCCGAGUGAGAUCUUGUCAUCGUGUCCAAGUGCACGAUUUAAGAAUACCAACUGCCCAUUUUCUCUUGUGGUGAGAAUAAGUAAGAAGCCGGAUGCUCAAGAAUUUGGCUCUACUAUUGACAUAGAGUGGAACCACAAUCACCCUGUUCAGUCCUUACAUUCACUUAGUUUUAAAGAUAUACCAGCUUCAGUAAAAAAUGACAUUAAGCAAAUGUUUGCAAGUGGUUUGUUGCCUGGGGCAGCACAUCGAGAGUUUCUUCGUCAACUAAGAAGUGAAUGCCAAGAUGACAUGGAGUAUCAUCAGAGACUUGCAGAUCGAUCAGAAGCUCCUCGGAGGAAAGAUUUCAAUGAUAUAUACUCGAAGUUUAAGAAGGAACGAUUUGGGACUGGAAGCAUGUCUGAUAUGUUUUCAGCUCUUGAGAAAAGAAUUCAAUGUCUUCAACAGAAAAACCUAGAGUACUCGUUAAAAUACCAGAAAUUUGAUGAAGAAAUAAAUCAGCCAUUUAUUCUGGCUAUUGUAACCCCACUGAUGAAACGAGUUCAUAAGUUGGUGCCACAUAGUAAAGACUUGGGAUUCUUGGAUUCCUCCUCCAAUAUGGAGGAGUACAACCUCCGUGUAUUUGUUAUGGUUACACACAGUGUUUGUGGUGCUUUGCCCCUUGGCAUCUUCAUAACCAGCGAUGAGACAGAGCAGACGCUUAAAGAUGCAUUGGAGUUGAUGAAAUCAUGCUUUGACAGUGAUUCAGCAUUUUAUGGUGCAGGAGGGCCAGGAGUGAUCAUGACGGACAAUUGUUCUGAAUUGCGGGAAGCUCUAAAAGAAGCCUGGCCUAAUUCUGUGUUGUUGUUGUGCAUAUUCCAUGUUCUUCAACAAGUUUGGCGUUGGUUGCAUGAAAAAAAGAAUGGAAUCUCGAUGGAAGAUAGACCUUCAUUGUUAUUGCUAUUCAAACAUGGUCUCUAUGCUGAGAGUGAGGUUGAUCUCCAGGACUCAUUUGAUGAUCUCAUAUCAAGUGAUUUGGCAUCAAAGUAUCCCAAUUUCAUAAAGUAUAUAACCAAUGUCUUUGAAGAUCGUGAAGCUUGGGCACUUUGCUACAGAAAGGACUUACCUAUAAAAGGCAACAACACCAACAACCUAUGUGAAGCUCAAUUUCUGGUCAUUAAAGAUGGGAUUCUUAAUAGGCAGAAGGAAGUUAAUGUAGUCGGUCUUGUUGAUAAGUUUAUAACCGACCUUGACCAACAUUACUGUGACAAGGUGUUGUCAGUAUCAUCAGGUAAUUAUACAUGUCAUCAGGUUGACAGUAAUUUCAUUAGCACCUUAUUUACUUGAAAAUAUUAAUUAUUCACUUGUUUCAAACUUGCUAUAGGCAAAUAUGAUGGUAUUUACAGCAGACGAUUUCAAGGUCGAGCUAAGGGAAAAAAAGAUACUGGUGGAAUUGGCUUCCAAAUCCCAAACGAUGAAGAGCAGAAGUUAGUGGUCACAAAAACCAUUAAAGUUGGUGACAAGAUAUUCCUUGUACCGAGUCUCACCACAGAAGGAAUACAGUACCUCGUAGAUAUGAACACUGGUAUCUGCCAGUGCAAAAUUGGUAAAAAUGGAUCACCUUGCAAACAUCAGUACAUUCUUUGGGCACACAAGUUGGCAGAUGCAGUUAAUUUUCUGCCAGUUUUCAGUAAAA